ACACGCCCACACCGCAACCACAUCACGAAAACAGUCGCGCGUUCAAUUGCGAUUCUUGCGGUCAACGACCCUCUCACAGGCAUCAGGAAAGAGUUUAGAGUUGUUUAAUCGUCAAAUACCGCCCAAAAUGGCCCCCGCCGCCGCCGAGAGCGCUUCACCGAUUGGUAUCGCCAACCUCCCUAACCAGCGACACAAGAUUGUCGCCAAGCGAGGUGCUGCCUUCACUAUUAUGGUUGCUGGCGAAUCUGGCCUUGGAAAGACCACUUUCAUCAACACCCUGUUCUCCACGACCAUCAAGAACUAUGCCGACCACAAGCGCCGUCACCAGAAGCAGGUCGACAAGACCGUCGAGAUCGAGAUCACUAAGGCUGAGUUGGAGGAGAAGUUCUUCAAGGUCCGCCUGACCGUUAUCGAUACCCCCGGCUUCGGCGACUAUGUCAACAACCGCGAUUCCUGGAUGCCCAUCAUCGAGUUCCUCGACGACCAGCACGAGUCCUACAUGCUUCAGGAGCAGCAGCCUCGCCGCCAGGACAAGAUCGACCUCCGUGUCCACACCUGCCUGUACUUCAUCCGCCCCACCGGCCACACCCUGAAGCCCCUUGACAUCGAGGUUAUGAAGAGACUCUGCUCGAGAGUGAACCUGAUCCCGGUUAUCGCCAAGGCUGAUACCCUUAGCCCUGCGGACCUGGCCAAGUUCAAGGCUCGCAUUCGCGCUGUCAUCGAGGCCCAGAGCAUCAAGAUCUACCAGCCCCCCGUCGAGGAGGACGACGAGCCCGCUGCUCAGCACGCCCGCAGCUUGAUGGCUGCGAUGCCCUUCGCUGUCAUCGGUUCCGAGAAGGACGUCAAGACCGGCGAUGGACGCAUCGUCAAGGGUCGCCAGUACUCUUGGGGUGUUGCCGAGGUCGAGAACGAGGACCACUGCGACUUCAAGAAGCUGCGGUCAAUCCUCAUCCGCACCCACAUGCUCGACCUCAUCCACACCACCGAGGAGCUUCACUACGAGGCCUACCGCGCUCAGCAAAUGGAGACCCGCAAGUUUGGCGAGGCCCGCCCCAGGAAGCUUGACAACCCCAAGUUCAAGGAGGAGGAGGAGGCGCUCCGCAAGCGCUUCACCGAGCAGGUCAAGAUCGAGGAGCAGCGUUUCCGCCAGUGGGAGCAGAAGCUCAUUGCCGAGCGCGACCGCCUCAACAAGGAUCUCGAACAGACCCACGCCCAGAUCAAGCAGUUGGAGACCGAACUGGAGCAGAUGCAGGGAAGCGCCGUCCGCAGCCACGGUCGCCGCUAAGGGCAUUCGAACGUGAGGGUUCUCCCUCGAUUUUUAAGCGGUUUAUUCCUGGGCAAUUGGUGCUUGCUGGAUUCUCGACACUUUUACCUUUUUAUUUCUUCUAUUCGGGGAUCGAGAGCACCAAACCGCUGCAACAUCAUCUUUUUGACGCGUCAUCAUGGAUAUGCUAGCUUCUAGCUUGUCAGAAUGAGCUCGACUCAUUUGGCUGAUUCGCCUGUUUGAGCCUCAAGUCUUCACUACCAAUCGAAAAAUGG